CGUUUAAAAACGUGCAUAUUUCAUUUGCUAGGAGAAGAGAAUCUUUUAUAUUUUAAAUUAAAAGAAUUAAAAAGAAACAAAAAAAAAAAAAAAAAAAUAAACGAAGAUACUGAAAUAUGGUAUAUAAUUUAAACUAUCUUUGUAAUUUCAAUGACAAAGUGAAAGAUGAAGAUUUGUCCCAUGAAUCACUGCAACGUAUUUGGUCUGGAAAAUGGUGCAGUGCGGGGUUCGAGUCCUCCCUAAAGCAAUGGUGGUCGAAGAGGGAUGCCAAAGAAGACUAUUCACAAGAAGAGUGUGAAGAAUUCAUAUGCCUAGCUAUCGAAUCGCUUUUGAUUUUUAUGCAACAAAAUUUCACUGGACCUUUUUGUGAUCUGGCAGAGUUGGAAGGUUUCGUCAAAGAAAUUCAACCCCUGGUGGGUGAUGCUUUUGUAGAAUUAAAGGAAAAUGGCGAAGAAAUAAAUCCCAAUGUGGUGUUGGGUGAAUUUCUACUGUUGAGCAGAGAUAUUCUAAAGAAACUAUUGGAAUUCCAACCGGAAUCUGUGGUCUUACAUUGGUGGCAUUUACGUUAUUUGUGUACCCAUCAACAUGUUAUUGAUGAGUUGACAGCAAAUUUAUAUGACAAACUGAAAAUAGAAGCCGAGUGGCUACUGCAACAUGUCUCGGAGCUGGAAAAUAAGGAAUAUGAGGCAUUACUUUUCUUGGAAAUUGCCAAUGGUUAUUUACAAUAUCAUCGCGGUGAGAGGGCAGGUGAAAUUCUGGAAAGGCUUUGUGCGCAUUUAAAUGUUGAAAUGGUGGUUCAGGGCCUAAUGGGUGUACGCACAAAAUUCCAACAAAAGGCCCUGCCACAACUUUGCCUUAAAGUAGAACAAACCCAUAGCGAUUUGCUGCCCAAGGCCCAGGAGACAAAUAGCAAAACAGUGCUACCCAAACUAUUGCUACAUGAGGACGAUACCCGUUUGGAACGUAUACGUUUUAUUGAGGAGAAAGACAAUGAGGUGAUGACAUUGCCCAGUGUCCUGCAAGCCUUGGUUUUGUCCAAAGUACGCCAAUUGAAACGUUCCCAGCCCAAAGAUCGUUUGGCCGAUGAAGAACUGGAACCCUAUACGCAUACCUUGAUCUACCAGGAACAUGGUCCUUUGCAGGUGCGCCAGUCAGCUCUGCUGCUGAAUUGUGUACAAGAAUCCAAUUCGAGACGUACCAUUGAGCGUAGCUGGAAACAAUGCGAGGAAUGUGUUAAACUUCUCUCCGAACAUUCCUAUUCUGUACAAGAAAGAUUCUCCUAUGCAUUUGCUGGAUUCCUACAACCCAAAUGGCAGGUUCAAUCCCAACUCUGUGAGUUAUUACUUUCGCUGGGUAUGGUGAAAUCGGCAUUGGACAUCUAUUUGAAAAUACAGGCCUGGGAGCAGGUUAUUUACUGCUACACACGUCUGGAACUGAGACACAAGGCUGCGGAGAUUAUUGAACAGGAACUGCAGAAGAAACCAACGGUGUUACUUUAUUGUUUACUUGGCGAUGCCACCGACAGCUUGGAGUGUUAUGAAAAGGCUUGGGAAUUUUCCAAACAUACCAGCGGCAAAGCCCAGGCCCACUGGGGUAAUUACUAUUUCUUCCACAAACGUUACGAGGAGGCCAUACCACAUUUGGAAAAGUCGGUGGAAAUUAAUUCGCUGCAAGAAAAAAUCUGGCUACGUUUGGGUUAUGCUGCCAUUAUGUUGGAGAAAUGGGAGUUGGCGGUACAUGCCUACAUUACCUAUACCCAUUUGGAGCCUUUGGGUUUUGAAUCAUGGAAUAAUUUGGCCAAAGCUUUGAUAAAACUUGGCGACAAGCAAAGGGCCCAUAAAGUACUGGGAGAGUCUUUGAAAUGCAACUAUCACAAUUGGAAGGUGUGGGAGAAUUUCAUGGUUGUCUCGGUCGAUACGGGCCAUUUUGAGGAUGCCAUGAAUGCCUAUAAUCGUUUGUCCGAAUUGAAAACCCAUUAUUUGGAUUUGGAGGUACUUUGCAUAACAAUGACUGCCAUAGCCGAGGGAAAACCAGAUGCCAAGGGCCAAACACCGGAAAGACUGUUGCGCAAGGCCACCACACUAAUGGGCCAACAGUGCAUAAAACAUGGUUCAGAACCCAAGGUAUGGGAAUUGGCAGCCCUCUUGGCCGCAACACCUUUGAAAAAGGCCGAUAAAUUAGUCAAGGCAUUCAGGGCCUAUACAGCCAAGGAAUUGGUUUGGACCACAAAGCAAAUGUAUGCCAGAAGAGCGUUGGAAUUAUGCGUAGAGUUGUCCCAAAGAUCCUUGGAAGCCAUUGAAAAUCAUGCCGAGGACGAAAGUGAGGUAAUGAUAACAUCCCAGUUGAAUUCAGCCCGUCUGGCCAAUCAGGCAUGCAUCCGAGCCAUUGAAAAGGAGCCAACAAAAUUCCCCGAAAAUGAUGAUUUGUUGGAAAAAGUUCGAUCACUGCUGGAAGAAAUGACCGCGCAUGUUAAACAAAGAAUGGGAGCGUGAUAAAAAAAAUAAAGGGAAUAUUGAAAAAAAGAAAACAUUACAAAAAUAAGAAAUCUGAAUUAAUUUUUGUUCUCAAUAAAAAAA